GAAUGCUCAAGUAAAGGUGAAGAAUUUGUUCACUUUUGGACGCUGUAAAGAAAAGGACAACAUAUCACUUCCAAUUACUAUUUAUUCACGCACUGUUGAACCUGUGAUCUUCAUCAGUCUAAUAAUCAGCACAAUUAGAAUAGGCAGCUUCACCAUGACCUGGGAUGUUGCAACCGCCGACAGUGAAUGGCUCGUCAACCUUGUUCACGAGGCCGAGAGGAAUGGAGCCAUUGUCGGAGGGCAAGAAGGAAGAACUCAAGUCGUCAAGAUUUCCGAACAUGUAAUGGUCAAAUAUGGUGGCUUAGUGAGGAUUUCAGAGGCAGCUACUCAAGACUUUGCGUACAGGACAGUUGACCCAAGUGUGGUCCAUGUCCCGCGUGUCUACCGCUUCAUUGAAGCGAGAGACUCACUAUAUCCCAAAGGAUAUCUAUUCAUGGAAUAUAUAUCCGGUCAGAACCUGAAAGAGGUCGAUCUGGAAGCACGCAAAGAUCUUUUUCCACGCAUUGCAAAGAUCGCCGAACAUCUGGGCCAGAUCAGAGGAGGCAAUAUGCCACCAGGUCCCGUCGGUGGCGGAGAACCAGACGGAUAUCUCUAUGGGGAUGACGGCGCGAAGACCGUGUUCAACUCAGUCGAGGACAUGAAUACAUAUAUGAACAAACGCCUAGCAUUGCGCAAUGACUCCAUCGACUUGGCCCCGUAUCCUCUGGUUCUAUGCCAUUUGGACUUCUACCGAAGAAGCAUGAUCCUUGAAGACGACGGAGUCUCUCUUUGCCUCGUCGACUGGGGAUAUGCUGGCUUUUAUCCCCGUUUCUUCGAAGUCGCAAUGAUUCCAUGCGUACUUCCCUACGACGCUUCCUACGAAAAGCCAGUUAUGCAAGAGAUCGAAAAGCUACUAUGCCUGACGGACGAAGAAAACCGACUUGUCAAGCUCAUUCGCUGCGUCCGUGCUGCAAAUCUGCGUUGGUCAUUUGACGAAAGGCCUCCAUUUGAUUUCGCUGCGUGGAUGGCGUCAAUUGAAGAGGAAAAGCUCAACCCAAGCAAAGAAAGCCGGCCAGAAACCCCUCGUAUCAGUUUUGAAUCAACGUUAUAUGGUGACGCCAAGAGACCAGAAGACCCGUGCAACACAAAUGGCAUGAAGGGGCCUCUAGCCUAACGACACAUCUGAUACCUGGGUACUCUUAGUGACACAUGAGGUGUCUAAGGUAGUUAACAUCGAACCUUUGUGUUUUCCAGCACAGAUGCUGGAUUGAAAUCAUGAGGUAAACAAACAGCUCCUCCAGCCGAACAAAUACAUAUGCCAGUCAGCUACAUCUAUACCCAAACAUUCAUCUCUGAUCUGUCCAAGGAUUGAGAAAGCCUUUCGCUCUAUCGCCAUUUUGCUGUGUGUUGGCUUCUUCUUAUCAUGGGGAUGACGAGCUGCCUUUCCCGCCAGAGCUCGAACAAAGUAUCUAUAUCAGUUUCAUCGUCUCUCUUUCUCAUCAAGUUUUUUUCUUUUUUUUUCCUUUUCUUUUUUCUUUUCUUUUUUUUAAUAAUCAAAAAAUCUCAUCACGUAUUUCACUCUCGCUCGGCCGAUGUACCACUUCUCCAUCCC